GCCGUCGCGAAGGAGAUACUCGCCCCACUAUCCUCAUUUGUCAGCCGAGGGGGGAGGAUGAAGUCAUGCAAGCGACUGCCAGUCGCGUGCUCGCUGGCAUGCUUCUCGGCAUGAUGCCGCCGAGGCUUCUGGCGCUCGCCUUGGCUUCGCUAUGGCUGAUGAAGACGAGCAGUGGUUCAUCGCUAGUACCUCCUCCCGCCGUUGGACCGAGCGUUCGGAAAGUGAUGUACUAUGAUGGGAAAACGCUGGCUCGAGUGGAAUAUGCUCCCGACGGCGUGACGUUACAGACUUGCCGGCUUUUCGAGUUAGACGAUGAAAAGGAAGCGGAACCCAUCAUCAAAGCGAACGGACUUCCCGUGCAACAGGUCAACUUCCACACCAUGUUGAGCCUCAUAUCCCGCUGCAGAGACCUCAGGGAUUGGACAGCCAGCACGAACAACACCACGCAGUGGAGUGCGUCGACAAUUUGGAGCGGUAUUAUACCCGGUACCAAGUGGUGCGGACUGGGUGACAUAGCUUCCACCUACAACGACCUGGGAACUCAAGUGGAAGUGGAUCUUUGCUGCCGCGCGCACGAUCACUGUCCCGUCAAGCUGAAGGCGUUUCGAAGCGGAUACGGCCUCGUCAAUUUCUCCCUUUACACCAAGUCUCACUGCGACUGUGAUAAGGAUUUCUACCAGUGCCUAAGGCGAGCCAAGAGCCACAUAGCGGACGCUAUCGGAAACGUCUACUUUAACGUCAUCAGGGUACCCUGCAUACGGAAGGUCCGCACUGCAGUUUGCUCAGAAGCACCUGGUCAUCUUAGAAAAGAAGGCACGUGCGAAGCCUGGGCCUACGAAGAGAGCGGAAUGCGCUUUGUGCCAACCGAACGCAAAUACGACUGAUUCCCAAACUGUCUUCACGUCAUGAACAGGAAGAAUCAUGACCCGAGGGUCACCCUGUGGAUCUCCUAGAGACGAUCAGCGCCAUCAGAAAGCAAAACCAUCUCAUCGUUAAUUGUCUCCAUGCUUCGUCAUUCCAUUUCCAUAAUGUACAUACUUUUUGAAUUUUUUACAACCGAAUGAAUUUAUUUUUUUUCAGUAUAUCCGUAAGUAUGACAGGCGCAGUAAACGACAUGGAGAAAGAAGCACACACGCCAAUUCGUGCGGUCAUCCUAUUGUCGAUGACGUAUACAGUCAAACUCCUUUAUAGCGAACACCUUUUUAGCGAAAAUACCACAACAGCAAAUUUUUUUGCUGUCCCGCUGGAGCCCUAUAGGUCCAAUAAUGGACAUCCUUUUUAACGAAAAUACCUAUACUGCGAUUUUUUUUUUUUUUUUUGCAGUCCCCUGAGUUCCGUUGUAAAGGAGUUUGACUGUAUUAUUUUGUCCUUUUUUGUUUGUUUUUUACGCUUGUUGGCAGCAAUGUAACAAAAACUACAAAAAGCACUUUGCAAGCGUGGUGGCUGUCAACUGUCCCUUAUAUAGUACUCUCAGUCUCAGCCUUUCAGGUCAUGUCGCCAUCGUAGCAGAGAGUCGCUACCCUUUCUUGAGCUGACGACGAACGAACGCUUGAGCGAUGAACAAGACGGUAUCUAGUGGAAAUCUCUCCACAGCCGCCAUAUUACACAGAUUUUUUUCUUCUUCUGAUAAUCAGUCAUCAAUCAGCUAUCAAAACUGUCACCUGCAACCAACCAAAUAUAUAUAUAUAUAUUCCAUCUGCAACGCCGUUGGUUUCAUACUAGUUUCGAAACCGUAACAGCUCCUGAGGUUAUACAGACUGCUACAAACGGCAGCUACCAGAUGUCUCCACAUUACAUUGUCGCCGCCUGUAAUCUAAUGCUGAAGAAAUAAAA